GGCGCUUAUUCAAGGGUGGCGCUUCUUCAAUAAUUUCACCUCUAGGGUGGGCGCUUAUUCUAGGGGGGCGCUUAUCUGAGGGGGGCGCUUGUUCGAGGCAUUACGGUACUUGUAAAAUGGCUUGGACAGUACUGUCAGGGUCUGGAGGCAAUUAAAUAGAUGAUUUAGUUUUUAUCUUUUGGUUAUAAUAUUUUCAGGUUUUUGAUAUGUAACCUUUCCCUCCGUACAUGUCCCGUUUAGCAACGUUCUUCACCUAUGUGAUCGCCUCUUUUGAAAAACUGGUACGUUCUCUUAUUGAAGGGAGAUAGCCACAUAACUGUGGGUCCUUCAAAAGCCCUUUCGGAUGCCUUCAAAAGCCUUUAAAAGCCUUCAAAAGCUAAUGCUUUUGACUUUGUCAACCUUUAGCAUUAAAAAUAUUGUAUCUCAGCCAGUCAAUCGCCAAACGAUGGAAAAACAAGGUUACAACUUUUAAACCAGGGACUUAAAAAACCGUCUUUCCAUUUUGCAUUUGACUUGAUUCUAAUGAAUCCCAACCCUUUGGAUUAUUACAUCCAGUCUCGAUAUUGAUUAUGCUCUCAACAAAAAUGAUUUUUAUUUGGUUUUCUUGUGCAGUGUGUGGUAUUAGGCAAAAUUAAUGAAAAGAUGUCACAUAGCAAAAACUAACAAAGUUGCAUAUAUCUUUAAUUAUGUAUUCUCCAAGUAAUUGAAUUCUAACAAGAACUGAGCUUUUCAAAUCUUGGGAACUUUGAUUUAAAUCUUUUCAAAAAUUUUGUUGAUAUUGAGAGAAUUAGGAGACUGUCUUAAAAUGCUGUUUGCUCUUGACCACAAUUAAUAACAUCGAUUUGUUGUAGAUGUUUUUCAACCCACCGGUGUUUGUAGAUCAAUAAGAACUCAUCGUUCUAUUUAGAAUUAGCACAAUUUGUAAUGAAUAAUGCAUAGAAAGGAUGCUUAGGUAAUCUUUACGCUUUCAACAGCUGGUUUUCGAUCAACACUUAAGAAUUUCUUUCUAAAGAAGUCACUUCUUAAAUCACGGAUGCUUUUACUACACAGCGAGGGAAUUCUGGUUCCAGUCAGAAUUGAGGGUGAAAAAUAUUUGACGAGAAUAAAAUGGAAAAGCUAGCUGAUGAACAGAUUGAGGAAUUUCGAGAUGCAUUCUCGUCCUUCGAUAAAGACGGAAAUGGAUAUAUUACAACAAAGGAACUGGCAGCAAUUCUGCGGUCAUUAGGUCUAAAUCCAACAGAACACGAGCUUUGUUCAAUAAUCAAUGAAGUUGAUUUUGACGGAAAUGGUAAGAUAGAUUUCCCAGAGUUUGUUAAUAUGAUGGUAUUGCAAGGGGAUCAGAUGGCAUGGAAAGAAAAGGACUUGAAGGAGGCUUUUAGGACAUUUGAUUCUGAUGACAAGGGAUUCAUGCAUGCAGCGGAGUUAAAGUAUGUACUCAUGCGAAUGGAUGAUCCAACGGUUACUGACGAAGAUAUCAAAGAAAUGCUUGCAGAUACAGGCUUGAAUAUUAACCGAAAAAUUACAUUCAAGGGUAAGUGCACGGUAGCUGUCUAUCCACAUCGUAUGGCAAGCAGUUGUCUGAUAAAAAGUUACCUCAUGUGGCAUUCAGAGAGCGAGGGUGACUGAAUGAAGUGUUUGAAAAUCUGCGGUAAUUGAGUAUGUUUCCUUGGGUAUUAAAGGUUCAAAUAACAAGAGGUGUGAGAUAGAAGAUAGUAGGGAUUGUGUGGAAAGGUCAUAUUCUUAGAAAUAAAGUAAAUCAAGGCAGAAAACUCUUUAUAACAAUCAGGGACAUCGCUAAUUAGGUUGAAUGUAUGACGUAAAUUUGCUAACAAGGGGCGUGGAGGUCAUAAUUUGCCGCCAUGGAGUGUUGCGUCCCAGUUAGGUUCAGUAAACACUUUGAAGGUUACUGGGGGAUUGUGCAAGAUAACAUAACAUGAAAACCGUAUUGUUUAUGUAAUCAAGUCAACGAGAAGAUUCAGCUUGCAAAAAGCCCAAAAAGCCAUCGUUAUUAAAACUAAAUAAAACAUUUAUCUAUUCUCAGAAAAGAAGAUACCUUGCCUUUACCCGAGUUUUUUUACCACGAUAUUCCAAAGAAAUAUAUACAUCACUUAGAGAUCAAAAUAUACUCAAAGAUAGAACUAAUGAUAUAUUAAAAAACAUUUUUUUAUUUUUGUAGAGUUCAAAAGCAUGGCAAAACCUGAGAUCAAGAUAAAAGCUCCCAAACCUGAUGAAACGAGUGGAAAAGACAAAAUAAUCAAACUAUUUUAGAAAAGAAUCUAAGACAGAUUGUAAUGCGGCUUUGCUCGUAGGCAGCCAAGUUGAAGAAAUUAAGCAAUGGACAAAAUCAGCAACAGUAUAACAAGGGAUUGAACACAAUAAUGGAGUACUCGAAUGUUUAUAAAGUAAAUUCUUAUGGACAUAAAAUAAUGACAGGGCAAUAGUCAUGA